AUGUCGCAAGGCUCUGACUUCAUCACGGACACGGGUGCCACCAACCAGGAGAAGUUCGAGCAGAUCAUGAGGGAACUUCCUCAGUUGGCCGGGGUCGGCUGCGAGGUGCGCGUCAAGGGCUUCGGAUACAGCGUGCAGAGGGCCAAGGGCAGCACCGACGAGCCCACCGUGGGCGACAACUUUGUGUCGCUCUGCAAGACCCUCAUGUGCCUCCCCCUCAUCGAGAGGCUGAAGAAGGGAAAGGAGGUGGAGACCAAGGUCAUCCUGGACGAUGUCAACGCCGUGUUCAAGCCGUCUACCACUACCCUCGUGCUCGGCGCGCCAGGCUCCGGCAAGUCAACUCUACUCAAGGCACUGGCGGGGCUGCUCAAGCACGACGCAGGGCACGUGAAGAAGGGCAGCGUCACGUACAACGGGGCCACCAAGGAGUCUGGAAAGUUUUCUCUGCCCAAGGUGGCGGUUUUAGCGGAACAGGCGGAUCGCCACCUCCCCACCAUGACGGUCCACGAGACCCUCAAGUUCGCCUUCGACUCCAUGGCUGGCGGCACGCACGCGGAGGGCCUCGUGGAAGAGGACGACGGCCUGACCGACGACCAGAAGGACCUGAUAUCCUGGAUGGACAGCAAGGACCUCAAGUACUUCGGGCUGGUGGAGGUGGAGAUGGUGAUGCGGCAUCUGGGCCUGCUUAACGCUAAGGACACGAUCGUCGGAGACAACUCUCUCAGGGGCGUCAGCGGGGGCGAGCGGAGGCGCGUCACUCUCGGUGAGAUGCUGUGCGGACCGCAGACGGUGGGACUGCUGGACAGCAUCUCGACCGGGUUGGACAGCAGCACGACCUUCGACAUCAUGAACACGCUCAAGUCAGCGUCACGUAGCUUCCGCGUCACUGUGGUGGUCGCUCUACUCCAGCCGCCCCCUGAGACGUACGAGCUGUUCGACAACAUCAUUCUCAUGGCCGAGGGGAAGAUCAUCUUUCACGGGCCUCGCGAGGACGUGGUGCCGUACUUCAACAGCCUCGGGAUUACCUGCCCUCCCCGGAAGGACGAAGCUGAUUGGCUGGUGGAGCUCACGGGGGAGGCCGGGAACGUUUACCGCACCCGCAUCGAGACAGGGGGAGGGCUUGCCCGGGCCCCCGUAACGACCGAGGAGUUCCACGCCAGGUGGCGUGAAAGCGAGGGGGGAAAGGCCAUCGACCAGGAGCUGAGGACGGCGGGAAGCCUUGACGAGGCGGCUUGGCCCGCCGUGCACCGGCAGAGGUACCCCAAGUCUUGGUGGUACCACCAGAAGCUGUGCUUCACCAAGAAGUCGAUGCUGAUGCUGAGGGACAAGGCGUUCAUCAAGAGCCAGGUCUUCAGUGCUCUCUUCAUGGGACUGAUCGUGGGAUCGAUCUUCUACGACCUCGACCUCGAUGACGCCAAUGCCAAGUUCGGACUAAUCUUCUUCGCCCUGCUCUACCUGGCUCUGGAGGGAAUGGCUCAGAUCCCGGGGGCCAUCGAGCGGAGGGGGGUGUUCUACAAGCAGAACCAGGCCGGCUUCUACCCGGCCUCGUGCGAAGUCGUGUCCGACACGCUCGUCAACACGGCUCUCACGGUGCUUUGCUCUCUAGUCUUCGCCCCCGUGGUCUAUUUCCUCGUGGGAUUCAGCACCUCCGAUAACGGAGCAAGGUUCUUCACCUUCAUGGUCAUUGUGACGGCGACAAACGUGAACGUGACCCAGUACUUCCGAUUUUUGGCAGCAUUCUUCCCGAACUUCACGCUGGCACAGGGAUUUUCGGGUCUGAGCGUGCUCGUCUGCGUGCUCUUCUGCGGCUACCUUAUCCCCGGCGACGAUGUUCCCGCUUGGUGGAUAUGGGCGUUCCAUGUGAACCCUCUCACGUGGGCGUUCCGGGCUGCCGUGCUGAACGAGUUCCAGUCGCCGGAGUAUGAGGACACGUGCGGGGUCGAGGGCUUGGCUGAGGGAGAGACGUGCCCCGCGUCGCUUGGACAGGUUGUCAUCGAUGCCUACGGGUUCGAAGACGACGAGGGCUACAUCUGGGGCGGCGUUGCCUUCAUCCUGGGAGAGUUCUUGCUCUGCGCCACGGCUACUGGCUUGGCGUUCCGAUUCAUACACUGGGACUCCUCAGACAGUGCCCCCAUUGCGCCCAGCACCGACACCUACAAGGACGCCGAAGCAGACGCAGACAACCCGAGCGUCGAGCAGUUCAAUGCUCCGGUGGCGAAGCUGAAGCGGCAGGCAUCCCAGCUCGAGAGGGGGCUUCCUUUCGAGCCCGUGACUAUGACAUUCAGCGACGUGUCGUACAGCGUGCCUCACCCCUCCGGAGACGGCAACCUGGAGCUGCUCUCGGGAAUCUCCGGAUUCUGCAAGCCGGGCGAGAUGACCGCUUUGAUGGGGUCCUCUGGUGCCGGAAAGACUACGCUGCUCGACGUGCUGGCCGGCCGCAAGACGGGCGGAACGAUCACCGGCGACAUCCGCCUCAACGGCCACCCGAAGCAGCAGAAGACCUUCACCAGGGUCUCCGGCUACGUCGAGCAGCAAGACAUGCACUCCGCGGUCGUGACCGUGAAAGAGGCCCUGAUGUUCAGCGCAACGAUGCGGCUGGACGACUCCUCUGUGGACAAGAACCGCCGUGAGGAGUUCGUCGACGGCAUUCUCUCGAUGCUGGAGCUGGACGUGAUCGGCGACCGGCUGAUCGGUAGCAACGAGGAGGGCGGGUUGUCCCUCGAGCAGAGGAAGCGGACCACGCUAGGGGUUGAGCUGGCCGCGAACCCGAGCAUCGUCUUCCUAGAUGAGCCAACGUCCGGCUUAGACGCUCGCUCGGCGCAGGUGGUGAUGCGCGCCAUCCGCAAGGUGGCCGCCACCCAGCGCGCCGUGAUCUGCACCAUCCACCAGCCGUCCACCUACCUGUUCGAGAUGUUCGACGCGCUGCUGCUGCUCAAGAAAGGGGGACAGGUCGUCUUCUUCGGGCCUCUGGGAGACAACAGCAGCAACCUCAUCAGCUACCUCCAGUCCAUCCCCAGCACCGUUCCGAUCCGUGAUCACGUCAAUCCGGCAACGUGGAUGCUGGAGGUUAUCGGUGCUGGUACCACCGGCAAGACCAACCCACAGAUGUACGCGGAUUUCUACAAGAAGAGCAAGCUCAGGAACACUUCCAUGGCAAAGCUGGAGGGCCUCAUGAUCCCCCCCGAGGGGUCAGGGCCUCUCAAGUUCAAGUCUGUCUUCGCGGCAUCCCCGUCCCUGCAAGCCAAGGCGUGCAUGAAACGGGCGGUGAUGCAGUACUGGCGCAACCAGGACUACAACUGGAUGAGAAUGCAGCUCGCCAUUCUAACGGCCAUCAUAUUCGGCAGCAGCUUCAUCGACUCAGAUUUCGAGACAGAGGCAGACGUGGCGUCGAGGCUGGGGGUGAUAUACAUGUCCACCAUGUUCGUUGGGGUGAUCUGCCUGGAAACAGCCAUGCCUGCCGCGGUGAAGGAGCGCAUCGUCUUCUACAGGGAGCAGGCCGCAAACAUGUACAGCGUACGUUCGUACGCCAUCGGAUACGCGGUGGCGGAACUGCCGUACAUCCUCUUCAUGUCGCUGGCCUUCUGCUCGAUCUUCUACUGGAUGACGGACCUCGCCAACUCGGCCCAUCAAUUCUUCAUGUACUGGCUCUACUUCAUCCUGUGGAUAUCCCUCAUGGUCUUUACUGGCAUGAUGCUCGUGAUGGUGGCCGAAACCUUGGGAAGCGCCCUGUCGUCCAUGUUCAGCCUCUUCGCGGGCUUCCUCAUCAACCCGGCCAAAGUCCCUGAUCCCUGGCUGUUCGCCUACUACUUGAACCCUUUGCACUACGUUGUCGAGAGCACCACCCAGUACCGCAACGACGACACUGUCAUCACCACCGCCACGGGUGUGGAGACCACGGCGGAGGAGUUCGUGGACGACUUCUUCGGGGGGGAGUACAAGUACGACAACCGCUGGUACGGCGUCAUGGGACUGGUGCUCUUCAUUGCGGCCGUGCGCAUGGGCUACCUGUAUGCCCUCAAGAACGUCAGGCACCUCAACCGCUAGAGUUCCUUGUGCUCCCAAGGUCACCGCAAAACAGCGGUCGUUUGUACAAGACGAUGGUUCGUACACUUUGGCAGCGUAGUAACCGUGUGAUAUGCGGGGUAAUUUAAACGUAGGCCAGGGAUUUGUUUCCCCGGGGGGGGGGGGGGGGUUCGUAUGCAGAUCGGCAAAGCACUGCCCGCAGGUGUGGAACUAAGCACUUGGAAGGCGAAGUGAUCGUGUUGGGUUCUCUCACAACCCGGACUACGGGGCCUCGAUUCGAGGCUCGCGCAGGAGGUCGUUAUCCGACCAAAACUUUGCCAGUUGCGCGUACAUAGCUUGGGGCGAACACAUCUAUCGUCUCCUAAAAACCGAAAUUGCUUAAUUACUUGAGAUUGUAUGGAUUAGUUAAAUUUGCCAGAGCAGUGGCAAGUGUGAGAGGAUUCGUAGAAGAACUGUUCCUCCGUACACGAUUUCGCUCAUACAGAAGCCGGACUGCACUGACUGACACCUGGCACCAAGGCCAUUCGUUGUUUUUUUGCUGUUGAGAAAGGAGUUUUUCACCAUAAGUUGUAUCGAAGAGUGGGCCGCGUGUGUGCUAGGAGACUUCUGUCCGUGAGCUAACCCGCCCUGAGU